AUGGCUCCCACUGAACCCAGGGCCGAGGCGCCCAAGAGCACUCCUCCGAAGCUCUCUGAUGUCAAGGAACUUAUCGAUGAGAGCACUUUCGAGCAGAUCCUGGAAAUGGAUGAUGACGACGACCGUGAUUUCAGCAAGGGCAUCGUCUACGGCUUCUUCGACCAGGCGCACAACACAUUUGAAAAAAUGGAGAACGCACUGUAUGUUUCCCUGGCCUGUCAACACAGGUCCACUCUAACAUCCAUCAGGAAGGAUAAAAAGCUCGAGGAGCUCUCACAGCUCGGUCACUUCCUGAAGGGCUCUUCGGCCACACUGGGCUUGACCAACGUUAAGGACGCUUGCGAGAAGAUCCAGCAUUACGGCGCCGGCAAGGAUGAGUCCGGCUCCACAGACGAGCCCGAUGAGACGGUUUCUUUCAAGAAGAUCGCCACUACCUUGAAGGAAGUCAAGGUUGAGUACGCCAAGGUCGAGAAGUUCCUGCGCAGGUACUACGGCGAGGAGGUCAAGGAGGAGGAGCCCAAGAAGGAAGAACCCAAGAAGGAAGAACCCAAGAAGGAAGAAUCCAAGGAGGCACCCAAGAAGGAGGAGCCUAAGAAGGAAGAGUCCAAGCCCAAGGACGAGAAGGAAAAAAAGGAAGAGCCCACGAAGAAAUAA